AUGAGCAUAUUGCAAAAGGCGGAGUUGUGUGGGGGUCAAGUAGGCGAAGAAGGGUUGGAUGAAGACAUGCAGGUUUUGUUUCAUUGUCGGCGCAGUUUUCCGAAGGUGAGAAUACACAAGUUGUAUGCCAAAUUGGAAGAUGGUGUCGACAAUUUCGGGGCAUCAGUGUCGAAUCCUCAGUCGACAACGGUGGGGGGGUUAGCUCAAUCACCUGGUUUGAUUCUUGGUCCUUCAGGUGAUGGUGAGCCAGAUCAUGUUGAAAAUGCAAUGCGAGAGGAUGAUUCGGACGAUGAGUCAGAUCACAUAUUAGGGAACAAUGAGGAGGGUACUCCUAGGAACCUAGCGGCACGUCAGGGGUCAUCCAGUUCUAGAGUUCAGUAUUGGGUGAUGGAGUCAGAUCAUCUGAAGUAUCAUGGGAGAUGCAAGGAGUUUGGAAACGGCUGCACGUGGAUAAUUUGUAUCACACUUCAGCAGCGUAAAGGUAAUUGGGAGGUUAGAAGGUACAACGGAACUCACACUUGCUUGGCUACUUCGAUUUUGAGUGACCACCGACAGCUCGAUCACCACGUCAUUUGUGCAAGGAUCUUUUCGUUGGUUAGGGCGGAUGCAGCGGUUAGGAUAAAGGUGUUGCAAGAAGUUACUGAGGCACCCUAUGGAUUCAGGCCUAGUUAUAGGAAGGUGUGGAUGGCAAAACAGAAGGCAGUUGCACAGAUCUACGGAGAUUGGGAAAAGUCAUAUGCCGAGUUGCCCCGUUAG